GCCACAAGACACCCACCAUCAAAUAGUUGGAGCCUAAUUGUCAACAUUAAUCCCACUCUCUUAAUUACAUCUAUUUUUUAUCCUGAGAUUUUUGAAGUAAUUAGAGAUGACAACUACUAGAGUUCCUCCUUCACUAAAUAGUGUUGCAUUCUUACUCUUCUCCUCCCUUCUCUUUGUGAUGACCUCUGCUCAGUUGUCUGCAAAUUUCUACUCUAAAUCCUGUCCGAAUGCUCUUUCGAAAAUCAAGGAGAUUGUGAACUCCGCCGUGCAGAAUGAGACUCGGAUGGGAGCAUCCUUGCUUCGUCUCCAUUUCCAUGACUGCUUUGUUAAUGGGUGUGACGCAUCAGUUUUAUUGGACGACACAAAAAACUUCACCGGAGAAAAAACUGCCCGCGCAAAUAUUAACUCGGCUAGAGGGUUUGAAGUGAUAGACGCCAUCAAAGCAGCUCUAGAGAAUUCAUCAUGUGUUGGGGUUGUCUCUUGUGCUGACAUUUUAGCUGUUGCUGCUCGAGACUCCGUAGUUGCGCUUGGGGGGCCUAGUUGGAAUGUUUUGCUAGGAAGAAGGGAUUCAAGAACUGCAAGUCUGGCAAUGGCUAACACCGACAUUCCCGGACCAAAUUUCAAUCUCAAUCAACUCAACGCCUCAUUCUUGAGCAAAGGCUUAACCUUUAAGGAUAUGGUCACUCUCUCAGGGGCGCACACUAUUGGGUUGGCAAGGUGUACAACAUUCCGAAACCACAUCUACAAUGAUUCGAAUAUAAACGUCGCAUUUGCACGAUCAUUGAAACAAAUUUGUCCUAGCAGUGGGGGUGACAACAAUCUUACUUCACUAGAUUAUAAAACUCCAACUCGAUUCGACAAUACUUACUAUUCGAACUUGAAGGAGAGAAAGGGAGUUCUGCAUUCGGACCAAGAGCUCUUCAAUAAUGGAAGCGCCGACUCUAUUGUCAAUGAUUAUAGCUCUAACUCCAAGAAAUUUGCUUCGGAUUUUGCAAAUGCGAUGGUGAAAAUGAGUAAUCUUAGCCCCCUUACUGGCUCAAGUGGCCUGGUUAGGAAGAACUGUAGGAUAGCCAAAUGAGUAAUGCGUACUCCGGCCUUGUGUGUUACGGAGUAUUACAAAAUUUAAGUGUUGUUUUGAAUUUGAAUGUCGUUGUUUUGUGUGGAUGGAGGGGUGUGUGGGAUCCAAGGGCAAAUAAGGAAUUAGAUGAGUUUAUUAUAUAAUUAUAUGUCUGCUCUAGUUUUUUCAUAUACUACUUUAAUGAGUUUCCUUCUGUAAAAGCCUUUAUAUAAAGCUCAUUAUUAAUAAAUUUCGAGUGUUUCUUAUUUAAAUUUUGUG